CAGCCAAUGGCAACACGCUUUACAGCUCCACGAAUGACGGAAGUCGUCACCGCUCGUCAAUUGCAAAUAUUCGGACUAUUAGGUGUUUUGUAAGCUCUCUGUGUUAAAUGCAUGACAUAGUAAAUUAAAUUGACCGCAACAAUAAGCUGGUUUAGUGUGUAGUCAGUUUGUAUUGUUAAUCCUCUCAUCAGUCUGGACGGUCGCCGGAAAUGACUUUUACUGGUUAAAGAUAUCAUAUCCGACCUGUGCAUCAUGAGGAUGUAUCGGCGAGUAUUAGUGAUUUAACAGCACACUCUCACAGCCGGAGACGCGGUUUUGCGGGGACUGACGUUGUAAGGGGGAACGCAAUAUAGUUCCUUGAAAGAUGUUGUCCAAUCUUCCGGCUGAACAGAAAGGGACAGAGCAGGUGCCUGCGUCUGCAGCUGGUCCGUGCCAUCGUGCUCCUCAGUCUUCGCUGUAUCAGGAGCAGCUAGCCAAAGGAUGCAGAGAAUCCAGCAGGGAGGAGAUUGAAUCUGGUGACAGACCACAGCCCUCAGACUUUGAGAAAGGAAUGAAGGAAGUUCAUCUGGGGAAUGAAGGAGCUCUGAGACAGAUGACGUUUGAUCCGAAAAGUAGUAACUUUGGAGUCGAUCCUAGUGCGAUUUGCAUACACAUGUGUACUCCGCAAGAGGGCAAGUUCAGGGAUCCACGACCAGCUGGACCAUCAGGAGAGCAGCUUGGAGCUCUUGAACGAUUUCUUGUGUCCCAUCAAACUGAGAUGAAACGUCUGCUGACUGAUACCUUCGGAUCUCUGACCCAACGUCUUGAGGCAGUGGAGAGGAGGAUGGACCAGCUGUGUUCACAAAGCAGUGCACAUACCCGCAGUUUAGCUCAGCUGCACAGUAAAGUUGGCCAGCUGGGAAGAGACAUGUCCUUUUGCCGUCCAAAUACUUCAAGUGUUUCAUCAGCUUGCAGUUUUGGAGUAGAUGCAGAAGUGCCUAAAGACAACAAAGGAAUCAUCUCAAAUGCCUCCUCUUGUAGACCACAAUCUCUUAAUAGAUCACCUGAAUCAAAAAAGGACCCUGUGUGUUCAUGGGCAAUGUCAACCCCUGCUCAUAAGCCUGAGGACCUAAGCAGUGAGGGUCUUGGUAGGAAUUGCAGUGGCUCCAGUUCAUCAUGUGGAAACCUAAAAAUUUACUCUUCUGGACAAACUGACAAUUGUUUGCAGGGUAACUACUCACCCGUCUCAGAUUUUGAAGAUCUGGAAAUGGAACUGGAAGCUGAGAAGGACAGAGUCGCCUUAACCUUAUUGGUCGAUUCUGUGCUCAGCUGCUCAGAUGACAAUGACACCCUAGGACUUUCUUGUAAACAGGAAGCCCUGUCCUCUGAUAGUGACGAUAAAUCUGGUCAGGAGGGAGAAGAGAAAAAUCUGCGUUUACAUGUUCCUGAACACCCCUGGGUGCCUUCUGUUCAGUUUUUCAAAUCUUCAGCUCCUAGUGUUGCAAAGUCACACACAAAUACAGAUCCUAUUUUUUCAUUUUCAAAAGAAACAAAUCCAAAGCCCUCUGGAAAACCAGUGGCAUUGAAAAAUUCCAGUAAAGAUGAGAGUGAAAAUAGUCAGCAGCAGUCCUUUAGUCAAAUUGCCUUCCCUUUCUCCACUAAGCUACUUGGAGCACUACCCAACCCUGAGAAACCCAAGGGUUCGGUUCUCUUUCAGACUUCUAACAAGAAAGAAGAUGAGAUCUUGCACAAGAUUGAAAUUAAUGGUGUUUUUCACUCUACCACUACCUCAUUGAGUAAUAGUACUUCAGUCUUGGUUCACAUCCCAACGUCAAGGGAUGUAGAUGGACUGACAUUGACAAAUGCUGGAGAUUCUGUAGAGAGCACAAAGAUAAGUAAUAAAGAACAAACCACUGAUUGUCAGUUACCAUGCUCAAAGGAUAGUCCUUUAAAACUCUCUUUUCAAGGGUCAUCAAUCCUGCCAUACUGUAAACUUGCUUUGCCAAACCAAUUGGCAAAAGGUGAAGGUGACCAAAAGUCACUAGGUUCGCUUUUGACAUUUCAUCAAGCACACUCCAGUUCCCAUCUCUCGGGCUCAAGAAAUGGGUCCUCCAAACCAUUUUUAGACGGUGAUACUAACAAACUGUUGAAUAAACUCUCGAAUACUGCCCACCGCUUGGUAUCCAGCAGCUGUUCCUCAAAUUACUUGGACAGACAGACUGGUUACAGCAGAACUGGAUCCAAGCUCAAAACCUGUGGUGGAAAGACACAUCACCUUUGUGGAUUUGGAGAAGUUGGAGAAAACCUUUCUUUGUCCUUUCUUGAGCAAGGAGGAGAGCUAUCCAACCAUUGUCAGCCAAUUCUUGAGGACUCAAUACUUGUUUCUCCUUGGUUGACUGGUAGACCAGAUUGUUCUUCAAAUGCUUUACCUAUCAACCUGGAUAAAGACUCUGCAUGUUGUCCUAGCUUAUCUCAACUUUUUCGUCCUACCACUCCGCCUUUGUCUACUUUAAGCAAAGGGAGCUUCUAUGGGGCAGGUGUUAGUACCGUCCUGGCUUUAUCGUCUCCAACAUCCUUCAGACUGUGGUUUCGACACAGAAGGCUCAACUUUCCCCUUAUGCAGUUGUCACGUCCUGGUAUCCACACGGUUGUGAGUCGGAUUUUGGGGCGGUGGAGGUGUCAUCCUUUUCGACCUCUGGUUGACUUCUCAGCCCCACCAGGCGUAGACAACGAUCACCACUAUACACGACGAUCCAGUCAAGAAGCUACACCCAGCAGGAAAAGAGCUUCAGCACGGAAGGCCAUCUCAUCUUCAUCAGUGUGUCAUCUGUCAAAAAUUCGUCUCACACCAGAAAGGAGUCUGGAUCUCCCCUCACGGCACAACAUCAGCCCCAAGUCGGUGCGAUUGGAUGGAUCCCCCACUGAAUCUGUGCCUAGUUUUGCUAUUGUCAGUGCAAAUGUCAAAUACCCUGGUUUGCAUAGUAGGGGGGCAUCUAGAGAAAUGAAACAGGUGGGACUCUAUGAUACUAAUGCUGAAGCUCAAGCAGGUCAACGUUCCAAAAGGGUCUCCCAAAUUCGUAUUCGUAAGACAGUUCCCAAACCAGAUAACAACCUUACUCCAAUGGGACUCCCCAAACCAAAAAGGCUGAAGAAAAAGGAAUUCAGUUUGGAGGAGAUUUAUACCAAUAAGAAUUACAAGUCUCCAAUACCUAACAGAAGUCUGGAGACGAUAUUUGAAGAACCGAAAGAGAAGAACGGCUCUCUGAUCUGCAUUGGUCAUCAGAAACGAAAGCGAGUUCUAGACUUCCCAGAUUUCACGCUGCCUCGGAAACGCAAGGCUAAAACUAACCUGGGUCCGUUGCGUGUGAAGGGGCCGCGAGGAAGGGCUCGUAGAGGUAGACAGGAUGACGCUGAUCUUGAUGUAAUGCUGAUCGAGAGACUCACAGAACUGGAAGACUACUUUUCUCGCCAAGGCCUGGAGGUUUAAGCUCAGAUUUUCACAAAUCUAUUCCCAAUAAGUUACCAAAAAUGUUGGUUUAAAUCUUAUUGCCAGGGCAUGGUAAGAAUUGGAGCUUUAAACAUUGUUGUAUACGGAACAAAUAGCAAUAGAUGGAAAUGAACAUAUUCUUGUAGCAGUUACAGUUGAGACUUCAAAGGUAUGAUGUGCACUGACCCAAAAGAUAUUUGAAUAAUGAGUGUGUGUGUGUGUGUGUGUGUGUGUGUGUGUGUGUGUGUGUGUGUGUGUGUGUGUGU